UUGGGUUGUGGCAACGCACUUUAAAUAUAGUGUCGUGUCUUCACAUCUAGCUUUCUUGGUUUGUAAUUUUCAGUAUUUUUUCCUGUGUCAUUGUUAGAAAUAUGGCCACCGUGACUAUACCGAAAGAUGUUAGCUUAUUUUUAAGCCAGAAAAAAAACCUUCAAGACAAAGAUUUGGCUGCACAAUGGGCCCAGCUCGAAGAUUUUUAUAAUAAAAAGCUAUGGCAUCAACUCACCCUCAAACUUGAAGUUUUCGUAAAGCUCCCAUCUCUCCAAGAAUCUGAUAAUCUGGUUCAAUUAUACAAAAACUUUUUGUCUACAUUCGAAAACAAAAUAAAUCCACUGUCUUUGAUGGAAAUUUUGGCUAUCGUAGUUCAACAAUUUACUGACAAACAAGAAGCAGUCAAAUUUCUUGAAACUGCUGAAUCAAAAGUUGAAAAAAACAAUGAAGCCACUGCUUUAUGUAAAGUUCUACAAGGUCAGAUAUUGUUAGACAAUCUUAAUGACCAAGUUAAUACGAAAAAAAUCAUCGAUAAUGUUGAAGUGAUGCUCGAUAACGCCGAUGGAGUUACUACUGUUCAUGGAAGAUUUUAUCUAUUAGCUAGUCGAUUGUACCGACUUCAAGGAAAACAUGCAGAAUAUUAUCGAACUGCAUUAAGAUAUUUGGGCUGUAUAGAUUUAAAUACACUGAGCAAACAAGAACAAGAGCAGCACGCAUUUUUCUUGGGUCUCGCAGCUUUGCUUGGAGAAGGUAUAUACAACCUUGGUGAGCUUUUAGCUCAUUCUGUACUGCAAUCUCUCAAAGAAACGUCCAAUAGCUGGCUGAUUGACCUUCUUCUAGCAUUUAAUGCAGGUGAUAUCGAAUCGUUUGAAAGACUCAAAUUGCAAUGGGCCAAAGUUGCCGAUUUAGCUGCUCAAGAAUUAAAAUUAAGACAAAAAAUUUCUUUGCUCUGUCUGAUGGAAAUGACUUUCAAAAGACAAGCGAACAACAGACAACUGACAUUCGUAGAGAUUUCAAAAGAAACUUGUCUACCAAUAAGAGAAGUUGAACUUUUGGUGAUGAAAGCACUCGCUCAAGAUCUUGUUCAUGGUGCGAUUGAUCAAGUUGCAGGUAUAGUUAACAUGACUUGGGUUCAACCUAGGGUUCUUGACCGAACGCAAAUAUCUGGUAUGGUUCAACAGUUAGAACACUGGUGCAUGGAUGUGAACUCAAUGGAAACAUUACUUGAGUCUCGAGCUUCUGAGAUUCUGACUCUCUAAAAAACAAAUUUAUAACUCUUCUUCAAUAACUCAGCAGCAUUUUUCAACUUUUAAAUUAGAAUAUUUCUUUAUCAGACAGCAGAACGUAAUUCCUUCCAUGAUAUUUGAUAUUCCUUUAAUUUACAAAAUAUUUGAAGAAUAAAAAAUGUCAUGCAAAAUAA